AUGGCUCAAGGUAACUUGCCUAGUACUACUGAAGUCAAUCCAAAAGAGAACUGUAAGGCAAUUACCUUGAGAAGUGGUAAGAAUUAUGCUGGUCUAAGCAAAGACAAGCCUGAGAAUGAAGAAGAUGAUCAACCAGCACCUACACCAAAAAAGAAGAAGACUACUGAUGGUCUUCAACAAAAAGAAACUUCUCCUCCUAUUAGUAUCAACCAUCACAUAAAGAUUCCCUAUCCUCAGAGACUGCGCAAGAAUAACAUGGAUAAGCAGUUUAGUAAGUUUCUUGAAGUAUUCAAAAAGCUGCAUAUCAAUAUUCCUUUUGCAGAAGCCCUUGAACAAAUGUCAAGCUACGUCAAAUUCUUGAAGAAGAUUUUGUCUAAGAAAAGAAAGAUGGAAGAAUUUGAGACUGUAGCUCUAACAGAGGAGUGUAGUGAAAUUCUUCAAAAGAAACUUCCUUCGAAACUGAAAGAUCAUGGGAGUUUUACUAUACCUUGCACUAUUGGGACUAUUGAAAAGAUACAUGCAUUAUGUGAUCUAGGGGCUAGUAUCAACGUUAUGCCUUUCUCAGUACUCAAGGGGUUACAGCUUGGAGAAGCAAAACCUACAACUGUUACAUUGCAGCUAGCUAAUCGGUCUUUAGCCCAUCCAAGAGGAGUAAUAGAAGAUGUCCUUGUUAAGGUGGACAAAUUUAUAUUCCCUGCUAAUUUUAUAGUCCUCAACAUGGAAGAAGACAAGAAUAUCCCUAUCAUCUUGGGGAGACCUUUCUUGGCAACAUGGAAAGCAUUGAUCGAUGUCCAAAAGGGAGAGUUGAAGCUUAGAGUUCAAGGAGAUGAAGUCGUAUUUAACGUACUCAAGACAAUGACUUAUCCUACAGCUAGUGACAAUUUUUUUUCAACUGACGUGGUGGACAAGUUGGUAGAGUCAAAGGAGCACAGUGAUGACCCUCUUAAUCUGACUUUUGUGCAAGAGGAGGUGGUGGAACAAGAUGGUAAAGAAGUAAACAAAUAUACCAUGUGGCUUGACUCUUAUGAACCAUUGAAUUGA